AGGAUGAUGUGCCUGGGAUUGUUGUUGCUUUGGUAAGUGGAUGAUUUGUGAAAGGUAGUGGAAUUUCUGCCGUCAUUUCGAUCUCUAGAUGGAACACGAAUAUCUUUCUCUGACAAUAUAGCAAUACUUUUUAAGUAACCAAGCUACAUGUGAUAUAAAAACGGUCAUCCAGAGAUGGGAACAAGUCGGCUGUGGCUGAUCGAUCGAGAUGGACGAGUGUUCAUAUUUGAUCUACGAGACAAGUCUUGGCGGCACGUCUCAACUCCUGGCCUUGGUUCAAGGAACUGUUUUAAGCGUGUUUCAGCAGUGGAGCAGUGUGCAUGGGCAAUCAGUGCCAGUCAACAACCUUAUUUGUUUGUUCACGCAACUGAACUUCCCAUCAGAGUGAAGGUAGAAACAUAUGAAAAUCAGCGAUGGGGAAUUAUUAAUAAAUGGUCGCAAAAAUCGAUGUUACCCACUGAUCGAUGGCCAUGGAGCAGUAAAGAUGGAAAGCAGUCUUUCCCGAAGGAUUCAUUUCAGUUGCCAUCAGUGGAAUGGAUAUGGGAAGGAGACUGGUACAUUGAUCGUGGUCUUGAUGGAGAUAAUGAGGGUUGGGAAUAUGCUCUUGAUUUCCCAAGAGCUUAUCAUCCUCAAGAGGGUAAAACAUCUUGUGUAAGAAGGCGAUUAUGGUCAAGAUACUACAGAUUUGAUGGCUAUGACCGCUGGAUUAAGGUUCCUGGUUUAAGUGAAGACCCAGGAAAGGAUCCCCUUCAAGACCUUGCCAUUGGUGGCACAGUUAUUCCUGGAAGAGAUCCCGGUUAUUUGGCCGUGUGGGCUGUUACAUUUCAGGGAAAGGUUAUUUACCGUUCUGGAGUGUCUGAGAAAUGUCCUGAAGGUAAAAAGUGGAUAGAGGUUCCCCCACCCCAAGUCAGCAUCACUCAGCUGUCUGUGAGCCCGUCAGGAGUGGUAUGGGGAGUAACAUGGCAAGGUGUGGCUGUGGUUCGCAUUGGAGUCACAUUCUAUGAACCAACUGGGACAGCUUGGAAAAAAAUUGCUCCCCCAGAUGCAUCACCAGAACUGGAACCAUGUCGUCUUUUACAAGUUUCUGCUGGAUUGAACAGUCUGUGGGCCUUAACCAAAGAUGGCCAGGUUUGGUUUAGGAAAGGCUUGUCAAGGGCAAGUGAUGAAGAAACUGCUGUAAUUGGGUCCAGAUGGGUGCAAAUGGUUGGAAAUUUUUCUCUUAUUACCAUUGGUUUAAAUGACCAGGUCUUUGCUCUGAGUUCUCUGGGUGACCACAUUUAUUUUCGCACUGAUGUGACGUCUGAUGAACUGGUAGGAAGGACAUGGAAGGUCGUGCACAUGAGCAGACCCCUGAUAUCAUGCAGCGAAGCCACCAGCCUGGAUACAGUCAGCUCUGAAGGCAUCAGCUCUGCUGAAAAUAAUGAAAGUGUCUUCACUGAGUCUGAUGACAGCUUCAGUCUCGCCAGUCCAUCUAACCUACCGUCCAACAUCGAGUUCUUGACUUGGCUGAGCAGUGGAGCUUGUGAAGUGGACUCUUCGAUAUUCACAGAGAUAAGCGGCAGUCUGGUUUCCUCAGCCAGCAGCAUGAAUCUCAUAAGUUUAAAUAGCAGGAAUGCCGCCUGGAGGAAGAGCAUAAUAAAACGACUGCGGGAAAGAGACGAAAAGGAAACAGGCCGCGACAACAAGUACGAGGAAGGUAUCUCACAGGGUGAAUGGUGUAAAAAGGCUCGUUUCCAGAUGUUGCUAGCAGCAGAUUCCAAUCUGUGGUACGAGUGUAUGGUGAGACUCGACCUAGGAUCCGAGGGACGGCCAGGAGCUUUGCAUUGCUACUACGAGAAAAACUCUCAGUAUGAAGAGAUGCGGAUUCCUUUGCGAGACAUUAAGUGCGUUUGUACCAUUCACAAAAUGUCGCGGAAUCACUGUUUCGCUGUUCACACGCCUCUAAGAUCUCAAGAACGAAACCCUCUGGUGAUCCAUACCGGUUCCGAAAAGGACCUCAUUGACUGGGUCACAACACUGUCCAGUGCUGCCUCACGGGUACAUAACUGCGAGGGAUCCGCUUCACCCAGGGCCAUCUGGACCAUAUCUCUCUGCGGUGACGUUUUCUUUUGCGAGCCGCCUCCACCAGAAACCGAGAUCCAACCAGCUCAAUUAUUUUGGCGGCAAGUUGGUGGUCAUAUGCGCAAAGUAGAAGCCGGUGUGAUGGGGGUAGUGUGGGCAAUUGGUUUUGAUGGAGUGCCGUAUUACUACUCUGGGGGAUAUGGCGGAGGUAUUUUUAGUGGUUUUGACAGCAGUGUAUCUGGAAUUCAUCAACAGGAGGAUUAUGACUGUCAUUAUAUUUAUGAGAAUCAGAGAUGGAACCCUUUGGAAGGAUACUCUGAUAGGCGCCUUCCAAGUGACCGGUGGAACUGGAGUGAUGAGAGCGGAGUGUAUGAACGGACAAGGGAGGGGUACGUGCUUCCAUCCAGUCAGUGGCAGUGGGCUGAUGAACAAUGGACAGUGGAGACAAAACCUAACAUUACAGAUAAAGAUGGCUGGCAGUAUGCUGUAGAUUUUCCAAGGACCUAUCGCCGAGAGCGUGGCUGGAAUGACUAUGUGAGGCGGAGACGAUGGAAAAGACGAUGUAAACUGACUACUACUGGGCCAUGGAUUCAAGUGACGCCUCAAGUCAGACUACGUGACGUAUCAAUUCAAUCUGAUUUACUGGAUGGCUCCAUAGCAUUAUGGACGGUUGGGACAAAAGGUGAUGUUUUGUAUCGACAUGGGGUAGCCGAGGAUUGUCCGCAGGGUUCUUCUUGGGAGCACAUUUUAACGGACCUGCCAAUUGUCAGUAUCUCCGUGGGAAGUAAGAGACGCGUGUGGGUUAUAGCAGAGAAUGGUACGGCUUACUUCAGGGCAGGCUUUGGAGAAAAUAAGAUCAUAGGUAGCAGAUGGUUCCACAUAAGUGAAAGGCCUCCCCAUUUGUAUCAAGUAUCCGCCGGAAAGACAUCAGUAUGGACUCGUGAGAAGGAUGGUACGUGUUGGUAUCGACAGAAUAUCACCGACACCUACCCAGAAGGCACUACAUGGAAGUCACAGAAGUUUCGCGUGACAGCACUUUCUGUCGGAGCAGACAACCAGGUCUGGAUGAUCAACCGCAACUCUAUUGAGCAUCGCUUUAGAGUGACACCAACUGACCCUCUUGGGAAGGGAUGGGAAGUUGUUUUAUCAGACUGCUGGCGGUGGAUCAGUGUUAGGGGUGCCAGUGGAACCUCUGACGAUGUAGACGAGGGAGACGAUGUUCUUGAGGGAGCCGAACUUCUUGGCACGCAACCCAACAGCUUGUUAACGAAGCUUGAUCUCAGUGAGGUUGAUAUUUACAGUAUGUACGGUCAAAAGGACGCCAUUUUAACGCCUGACAGCGAGGAUGACGAUGGAUAGUGAAAAGAAAAGAGGGAAGAAAGACGGAGAAACCUAAACCAAGAAGCCAUUUUUAGUUUCGUUAUGAAGGCCUGCAAGUUUUGCUUAGUGAGAAGUAUGUUGAUAGUGCCACCCUUGGGCUACGCUUGUAAUAGGGGUGGAAAAAGAAAACGGGACUAGCGUUUCGCAACAACAUAGUGGAUCAGGCCCUGGUUGUUCGAAGGUUGGAUAACGUUAUCCACUGAAUAAAACUCUAUCCGGUGGAUAACGCUAUACGAUUUGCUAUCACUUAUCCGCCAGAUAAGUAUUUAACCGUUGGAUAGCGUUAUUCGCCCUUUAUACAACUGGGCUCUGCUAUUAUUACGGGGUAUUUGAAUCACUACUUCCAUAACAUUGGGAAAGGGAAGAGGUGUCAUUGUUGUUUAGUAUAGUUGGUUAACUAGGAAAGAUCACCUUUUUCAGUGUGGCUUUGUCUUUUCUGUUAGAGGUGAACGUAAGAUGUGUAAGUAGUUUGGAUUCUGCUCUUUUUUUUAUGUAUGAGAUUGGAUCGAUAGGAGACUGUUACUAUCCAGUGGUUUCUCAAGGUUCGACGUUGGUACAUUUGUAUCUCAGGUUCAUUGGAAAGUCCUUUGCUUUACACGUCGGUAGAGGAAUUUUAUUUUAUAACUAACGCGCGCCUCAAGGAUUAAGCUGACAAAUGUUUCCGAAUUAUUUAGGCUAAUGUUAAAUUGAAGCCGGAGAUAAUCGGAUGCAAACUCUCAGUAGCGCUGUUUUAGUUCUUCAAGGAACAUUUUCGAUACUUAUUUAGAUUUUUGUUAUCAUUUGCGUUGUUGCCUAGUGAACUUUCGGUGUCAUGAGUAAAUCCGAGGGUACUUUCUUUGAGCGAAAUCCCAGAUAUGGAUAAUCAUGUUAAAAUUAAUUUAAAUACUAAUCACAAACAGGCUAUUGAUAAACCAAAUGAAAAUAUUUUCGGAGUAGGUAUUUUUAUAAAUUUAUAGAAUAUAAACAUACGUACAGGCAUGAUCCUCCUCAUAUGAGCUACAUCAGGCAAUCCCAAUAAAAAGCCUGAAAAAAGCCGUUAAAAUAUGAAUUUUUUCAGGCUUCUUUUUUGCAUUGUUGAUGUUUUGUUCACUUGCGAGGACCAUUCGUGCACUUAGAUUUCAUCCGUAGGUCAAAAUGAAAUUUACUGCAUUAAAGUUAUUUUGUAAGGAAUAUAUUCAGGUCCAAAAACACGCUUUCACUGAUUGCUCGUUAAAUAAAAAUAGUUCUAGCUAUGGCUUAAUUUGGCGGGAAAUAAUGCUCUUAACUUUGUCUCGGAUAAUUAUAUGUUACUCAAAGUGGACAGCUUCCUUGAACCUCGCUCUCGGGAAACUUCUCGUUUUGCAGGACAGAUCCAUACUCCGAAGACAACCAUUCAAACAAUUUUCACACCAAAACGGAGGCUCUUGUUCACUUUUGGGUCAACUUCUUUUUCCAAUCGGAGAUGUCGAGGAAAAUGCAUUUUUUAACCAUAAGAGUGUUAUUAAUUUUCUAUGAAACUGUUAUUCUAAUAA